AUGCUGAGUCGGCGCGGCGCCCGGCUUUCAGCGACCGCGCCACCCGUUCGGCCGCCCAGCCAGUUUGUCUUAGCAUUACUGUUCGCCAUCGUUACGGUUAGUUGUGUUUUCUUUUAGGGUACUAUCUUCUUCCAUCAUGUUAAACAAUCUGAUUUCAAGAUCGAUCGGUUUUACACUUGUACGGCCGAGAAUACCAAAAUCAAAGAUUACAAAUUUGGCAGCCAAUUCAAAUUAAAUAUCACUACCAAUCGAAGACGAAGUUGUAAGUGGGAUUAAGUUGUCAUGCCGUUUAACCGGACCCAGAUGCCUCAUAACUUAUCUUUGAUGACUUUUCAGUGGAGGAUUCGGCCCUGAUUCCCCCGGCGGAGCAAUAUGUGAAUCGGUCUAGUCCCAUCGCCUUGGUUGGCCAGACUUACAAGCUUCAUUGUCUCUUCUCCGGCUAGUGAGUUGUCAAUAAAAUUUAUUGAAUCAUCAAAUUUAUUUCCAGUCCCGAGCCAAUUCCAACUUGGUACAAGGACGGGGUGGAGAUCAGUCAAGAUAACACCGAGGGCUUCUUCUUCGAGGCCUACGGAAAGACACUUGCCUUUAAUGCGACCCCAGAGAAGGCUGGCAAAUAUGAUUGUAAAUUCCCGAAUCACAAUGACAUUGACCGGGUGUUUGAUGUGGUUGUGGAUGGUAGGUUGUUGUUCCCAAUUUCGUGAAUCAUUUCUUUUCAGCGGCUCCAUAUUGGCCUGGAGGACCUCCUCCGAACACAAAUACGAGUGAAGGGGAGACCGUCGUCUUCGAUUGUAGAACGAUCGGGAAGCCCGUUCCCACCGUGACGUUCUACAAGAAUGGAGUUGGUAUGUUAUACGUCGUUUAUACUCUACUAUAUGGGAUUAUUCCUAAUUGCAAUACUAUCUGCAGAGAUGACCAAAGAAAAUACCCCCGGGAAUUGGGAGAUCGACAAGACCAAAUUGAUCUUAAAGAAUGUCAGAAAGGGAGUGAACGGGAUGGGUGACAAUGCUGUCUACCAAUGCAAAGCCGAGAACAAACACGGAUAUUUGUGGACUAAUUUCUACCUGAAUCUGUUGGCAUUUGGACCGAGGCUAUUAGAAGAGCCGGGAGAAGUCGAGGCGGUGGAGGGAAAGCAGUUUAACAUGGAAUGUAAAUUUUUUGCCUCCCCGCUACCCAAUGUGUCCUGGGAGAAUCCCUCGCUUCUUGGAGACGAUUACAGAACUGAAGUGGAUUCUCAAGGAGUUGCUCAUCUUACAAUUGAAAGUAACGAAUAUAAAUUUUGUCUUAAAUAUAUUAUUUUAGAAGUGACUGAAGAGCAUGAAGGAGAAUAUGACUGCAUAGCCAAAAAUAAGUAUGGAACAGCCAAAGGAACAAUUAAGCUAUCUGUCAGAAGUAAGCAUAUAGCCGUUUGGUUUAUCCUUCUUUAGAACCUACCAUUCUGAAACCGUUUUCUGAGCCCGUUCAAGUAGUCCAAGCCGGACGAGCCUUGAAAUUGCCAUGUAACGCCGACCAUGACGAUGAUCUUGAUGUUUCGUAUACCUGGAAGGUCGACGGUCUUCCAUUAGACCAGUCCAAACUUGAGAGCGGUCAAUUUCUGAUUGAUAAUGAUAAUACCCUCACGAUCGAGAACCCGACUCAGUUCGAUUCUGGCGAAUAUCAAUGUCUGGCUGCAACCAAACUGGACGAAGUCUCCAAAACUGUGAAGAUAAGUGUUCAAGAUGUGCCGGGCCCUCCACAUGCUGCUCGAAUCGAAAGGUGCGAUGGUAAAACAGCCACUGCAACUAUUUACUUUGAGCAUUUGGAGUCCAAGAAUACGGUAGUUCCAGUCAAGGAGUUUUGGUAGGUGUUUUCGGAAUCGAUGAUCAUUACAACUUUAGGAUUCGAUAUAUGGCUGAUCCGAGUGUUGAGUUAUCUCAAUGGAAGGUUCACCCAGUCCCAAUCAGUGCCAUCGACAAUGAGGCCGUCUCGUCAGCAAGGCAUGUCAAGGCGAACGCAACCAUUGCACUCAAGCCUUAUGGUCGUUAUGUUUUCCAAGUGAUUGCUAGGAACACAGUCGGCGACAGCUCUCCAACCAAGGUCAAAGGACAGUGUGAUACGGAUGAGAAACAACCGUAUAGAAAUCCAGCCAACGUUAGAACCUUGAGUACCAGCCCAGGGCAGCUAACAGUGGCUUGGGAUCCGAUGCCUCGGGAUGAAUGGAAUGGGCAAGACUUCGGGUACGAAGUUCUUUAUCGCCCGGUAAGUAUUAAAAACAGUUUGGACUUACUAUUGAACUCAUUUUCAGAAGGAAGAAGGAGGCCAAUGGAAAACAAUGGAAGUCAGCGACCCUUUCAGUGAUACAGCCACGAUCGAAUUCGAGAAUCCUCAGCCGAUGAAACCCUAUGAGGUCCAAGUCAAGUCUAAGAAUCGACAUGGUCCUUCACUGGUGGAACCUCAGACCAUCGAAGGAACUACUGGGGAAGCGGUUCCAGACGUCCGGCCAGAAAACUUCAGGGUUGAAGGGGUAACCUCGACAUCAGCUACAUUCCAUUGGGAUCCUGUUGAACCUAGCCAGAUCCAAGGAAAUUUCACGGGAUAUAAGGUCACCUUCUGGCAUGAGGAUGAAGAUUUGGCUGGAUCAGAAGAGAUUAAGAAGCUCAGGAAGCGACGUCAGAUUCCCGAAAGUCGUCGGUUAAAGUCUGUGGUUGUAGCCCCCGACGCAACGAGUGUAACAGUUCAUGGACUCAAACCCAACGCCCAGAAUUAUGCGGUAGUCCAAGUGGUGACCGCACAGCAUGAAGGUCCUAAAAGUGAAGUGUUGACGUUUAGAACACGUGAAGGAGGUAAGAGUAAAACAAUGAUUUAACUUUCUGAUUAUCAAUAUUUUAGUGCCUACCCCAGUUCGUGAACUCAGCGCAUUCCCCAUGAACAAUCUCUCGCCCCUUGAAAAAGGAAUCGUCGUCUUGAAAUGGGAACCGCCUCGUGCCAAUAAUGGCCGUCUGACCCACUACUCCGUCCUCCAAUGUCGAACCCACGGAGUAAAUGAUGAACAAGUUGCAUGCCAAGCCCCGCCCAUCGAGGUCUCAGGAAACACCACCGAAUUGAGAUUAGCGGAACUCGAGUUCGAGUCCAACUACAGAUUCAAGGUGUUCGGCCACACUUCCUCCGGCCAGGGCGCCCCCAAUUCUGCAGAUGCCAAAACAUUGCCCGAAGCGCUAAGGUUCCAAUGUGAGUUUUCUCCACCCAAAUUUGUUUCGAUCACAGGUAUAGACCCCAUUUUAUUUUCAAUUAGGGCGCUCCUAGAAUCUAAGGGUUGUUUUCGAGGCUCUUGCCUCUCUCCCCCAUCUCAUGUCGACAAAUUUUAUUUCAAUUGACAUCAGUUGACAGCUACUCUCCGGCUCUUUUGUUGGUCUUUUCUGCCUCCGGGUGCGGGCCUCUGACCAGUCCAAGGUCACCCCAUUCUCUCACCUUAUAUUAAUACUGAAAUUCCUCGCGGGUGCAUAAAAAAUUAUAUCUUUUUGGGGUAUUUUGCAGGCGGAGACUUACCUUGGGGGUAAUGACACACGCACUGUGCUCGCAGUUUUGUUUACCGACCCAACUUGAUUUCAUCCACCGCAAAAUAAUAUCCAAGUAAUGUAGAUUCGACACGGAAUGAAAUGCGCAUUUGUGUGGGGUUGAGGGCAAGAAAAAGGCUCAGCUGGCUUUGAUUCGGCCUAUUACGAAAUGAAUGGACCCGGUUUCGUUUGAAUGGGGCUGUAAUCGUAUUCCGGAUCAGAAGAAGGAGCCCGGCCCUGAGGCCGUCCCUAAUCGUUUCCAUUCUUUAAGAGCUAUUUACUCCCUCUCUCCCCUUAAUCAGGACUCUUUCCUUUUCUUAAAUUUGGACAUUCGAACGGGGUUUUCUUGUCUGUUCUUGGCCGUCCCUCUCGGUUAUCGGGCCGGUCUGGCUAGAGUUGCAUUGGAACUUAGAGCCGGACAACUGCCGUUUGAAAGGGCCGAUUUGAAUUGAGCAGAAAACUGUUUCCUUUCCGCGGCUUCUUCCCGCCGGUUAUGACGCGUCUCUGAAUACUCUAAACCGAUACGAACUGGCUGCUUUGAGAUGAUCUUCCUUCCUCUGCUAGUACUUAGUUUGUCCGUCUGGUGUGGACUGGCUGCUCCUUCUAAUGCCACUACCAACAUUUCAGUGGAACCAGCGCGACCGUCCUUAAUCGAAGAGGGCAUCGCUGAUGAUCAUUUUAACAUCAGUUUCGUCCCCGGGGAAUUCGAUGAGGAUGAACAACGACCAGUCGGACAGAAGUUUUAUGUGAAGUAUAGAGAGGAGGGUCAAACUGAAUGGAAUGUAAGUGGAUUGUUUUGGUCAAAGACCUUUUUGAAGGAGCAGAAACCAGUUGGCACGGCUUUGACCGCUAAGGUGGAUGGGCUGACUCCAGGCACUAAGUAUGAUGUGGAGGUGGUCUCAGUCCAGACCGACUCUAAAGGAAUUGUUCGGGAAACGGAAUCCAGAAUCCACAGAAUUGUCACAACGGGUAUCUGUAAGUAACGACAUUCACAAUGCGGUUUAUCUUCUCAUUUCAGCUCCAUAUAAUGCUAGGAUAUAUUGGAUCAUAUUAAUACUAUUGAUCUUGCUGAUUCUCCUCUUCCUCUGCUGUCUUAUCUGUUAUUGCUGCAGAAAACGUGGUCAGAAGUAUCCAGUGUCAAAGAAGGAACGCCUUCAAGGCCGGGAAUUGAUUACUCCCAAAGAUCGAGGAUUCCCUGAUUAUGGCAAAAUGUAAGUAAUUACCAAAAAACCUAUGCUCUUUUUUGGUAAUUCGGCCAACAAUAUUUGUAAACAAAGGCUAAUAAUGUUGCCAGAAUGAAGACUACUUUCUUAAUUCCAGUGACGACGAAGAACAAAGGUCGUUGACGGGUUCAAGGACCGGCGAAUCGGAGACGGAUUCGAUGGCUGAAUACGGAGAUGGAGAUCCCGGAAGAUUCACCGAAGACGGCUCUUUCAUCGGGCAAUAUGGCCCCAACAAGACGCUGGUGGUGACGACACAGCCUUAG